AUGGUCUCUUUCAGGUCCCUAUGCCUUUUGGCCGCAGCUUCCGUGCUGUCAACAGCUACAGCCAGCUCCAUCCGCCGCGAUGCCAAACCCUGGCUCAACGCCCAUGACGCUACACAGGGCCUGGCAGUAGACGUUGGAUCUGGUACCGAAAUCAUCGUGAUAUCCGCCAACGCCGGUGCCGGAAGUUCGACCAAGUACUACAACAACCAAGCCAUGGCAGCAGGAGCAAUUCACAACGUCACCGUGGGCGGUUCAGCAGGUCUCGUCUACUCGCCUAGCAGCAUCAACGCCGCCGUGGGCGAUAUAGUGCAAUUCAUUUUCGAGGCCAAGAACCACACCGUCACUCAAUCCUCGUUUGCGACUCCGUGUGAGAAGAUUGUUGGUGGGUUUGAUUCCGGGUUUAUGCCCAAUCCUGAUGGUAGCAUGAACCCGCCACCAAUGUUGCAGUUCCAGGUUACUACUAGUACACCUAUUUGGAUGUAUUGUGCGCAGACCGGCCAUUGUGGACAGGGAAUGGUGUUCAGUAUUAACCCUACUGCUGCAAAGUCUCAAGCUGCGUUCUUGUCAGCUGCUAAGGCUCAGAACGGUACCAGCGCCUCUGGAGCUGCCGGUGCUGCCGGUGCCGCUUCUUCCGCUUCUUCCGGUGUUGCCCUAGCUGGAGCCGCAAGUAGCAGUGCUGCUGCAAUCUCCGCUGCAACUCCCGCGUCUGUCGCACAAGGAAGUGGUACCAUGUCGAAUGGUGGUGUUUGCUCUUGCUCUUGUCUGUGCGGAGCAGCACAGUUCCCUGCUGGUGCUGGUCUCGGUAUGAUGGGAGGCAUGGGUGGUGAACUCGCAAUGAUCGCUGCUGCUCCUGCUCCCAGUGCUCUUACACCCCCUGGCACCCCUAGUGCCCCAGCUACACCUGGUGCUGCUACGCCCCCUGCUGCUGCUGGAAAGCGGGCGUUGAAGCGUGCAUUAUAG